AUGUAUACGCACCAGCAACAGCAGCAACAGCAGCAUCAUCUAGCACCGGAAACCUGGGUGGUGUUUAAGGUGCCCGAGGGCCUAGGGAACCUGGUAACAGACCAUCACCAAGUCCAUUUGUUGGCCGAUGGUUGUGGAAUGGUUGAAGAGAAGGGCAAGAUCAUUCGCUCCCUCUCGCUCUCUUGGUUCGCUCACCUGCUCACCAGCAAGUUUGACAAGGAGAUUAAUGGUGCAACCAGCAAGAGCUCUGAUACAGUGGACGCAACCUCUCAAGCAACGUCGCUGGAUGGAAUCAUGGGAUUCGGGCUGGAGCUUAUUCUAACAAAGCUAGACCACGUGGAUCAUCAAUUGCGGGAACUUCGAGAACAAAUGGACGGUCUCCAAGAGAAAAUGGUGAAUGUUCCUUUUUCUCACGAGAAGACACCGACGGCUUCGAAGCACAAUGCGCUCCCAUUUACAUCGUGUAGAAACGCGUCAUCAAGCGUGUCGGGAGUAUACCUUAUCAGUGCCAGCAAUGCUACUGCACCGUUCAAAGUGUACUGUGAACAGGAGCUAUUUGGUGGCGGUUGGAUUGUAGUGCAACAUCGCUUCGAUGGUUCGGUUGAUUUUUACCAAAAUUGGGACCAAUAUCGAGACGGGUUUGGUGAGUUAGACGGCGAGUUUUGGCUCGGCCUGGAACGCAUGCAUCAACUCACGUCGGCCCGUGCACACGAAAUAAUAUUCGAGAUGAAGGACAUGAAGGGUGCAUACGAGUACGCCCGUUACAAUGCGUUUAAAGUGGGAAGUGAGAGCGAAAAGUAUAAAGUGAAAACCCUGGGAUCGCAUAGUGGCACUGCGCGCGAUGGAAUGAGAAGAGGGGAAAAGUUCUCUACGAAGGAUCGGGACAAUGAUGGGAGUUCCGAGUUCCAUUGGGCUGUUCAUUACGAAGGCGCCUGGUGGUUCAGUUUUUUUGGUGGCGCUGCAAAUUUAAAUGGACGGUACUCGAAUAAUGGAGGUGACAAAUCCAUUUGGUGGUGGAAUACCAACAGCAAUCGUGGCAUAUAUUUCACCAGGAUGAUGAUUCGCGAGCUGUAA